CGCGGAUGUUCCUCAUGUCCGCUCACCCUUGACCAUCCAAACAGGGGCUUGUUUGCAGUCGGGCUCGCACGGGCCUCCAACAGACGCCUCGAAAUUCUCGCUUCACUUUCUCAAUUCUCCUUUCUCCUCGCGAACCAUGCUGCAUGCAACAGACGGUAAUCCGAAAAGCGACGAAGUUCCGCCAGAGCCCUCUAUGGCCUCCUUCUUCAAGGUCGGAACGGCCCUCAGAGGCCGGCUUUCGACAUACUCCAUCGUUAAGGAGCUUCAUCGAGCCGCUGACGAAGGCGCCGUGUUUCUCGCGACAAACCAAAACAACGAGAAGUGCAUUGUCAAGAGCAUCAGGGGCCACUGGCGCUUACAGAAUGAAGCCGACAUUCUCAAGCAGUACCAGGCCCAAUCGCCGUUUCUCCGCCCAUUGCUGGAUGAAAUUGUCGAACCAUCAGACCCGCCUUCAAUUGUCCUGAAGCACCUUGAUAGCGACCUCCUGACCGAGUCCAACCGGAAGAGACUGUCCCGUCCCGAGAUCAAGCAGGUUGCCAAGUGCGUGCUCCAGGCUCUCCAGGUGCUACACAAAGAUGGGCUGGUCCAUACAGAUGUCAAGCUGGACAACAUCUUUGUCAACCACGGCCAAGAUCAGCGGUUCAGCACGAUACAGCUGGGCGACUGCGGAGGAGUAGUGUCCGAGGAUUCCGAUUUCGCGAAAGAGGGCCACCUGAUCGGCGCGGCUUUCACUCGGAGCCCAGAAGCCACGUUCCAGCUGCCAUGGGGGACCGCUACGGAUAUCUGGUCCUUUGGCAACGCUAUUCUCAGUCUCAUCUACGGCGGCGACUACCACCUCUUCAACCCCGGCAUUGAGGGACUUAAGCCCGGCGAUGAUGAAUACGAACUGACCGUGCUCAAACGCAUGUACAAGUUUUUUGGCCCCUUCCCGCAGUCAUACGAAGACUUCCAUGACCGCGGGACCAUCACCAUUAUCAACUACAUCAACAACAUAGGCCCGCCUGAGAAGCCGUUUCACCGCGUGACCACAAAGGAAGUGUCCCCAGCAGACAACAAGUUCAUACGGAGGAUUAUGAAAUUGGAUCCCCGUGACCGGCCGACGGCAGAGCAGCUGCUUGCGGAUGAGUGGUUCACCGAGGAGUCCGAGGACACCAGGGUUCCGCUUCCAGAGAAACUGCAGGCUCAAAGCGAGGCUCGCUAGUUGGGCAGCCAUCUGUUGGU